AUGGCGGCGGUGGCGGAGCCCUCGCUCUUCCGUGCCAGGCCGCUGGAGCCUCCGGACAGCGUCGAGGAGGCGGGCAAGGCGCACUUCCAGGAGCUGCGGAGGAGGGUGUUCGACAGGCUGCGGAUCGACCCUGCUGGCCCCGACCCCAAUGCGCUCCACGGCCACGCACUGGCUCAGCUGCACUGGCUGGCCGCCUCUGGCCCCGAGGCCCAGAAGUCUGUCUGCCUGGGGCUGACCUAUGCCCUGCUCGCGGAGGACUGGGACCGCGCGCUCGGCCCUGGCUACUGGGACUACCUCGGGCUGCUGAGGGCCACGGACGACCACUGCGUUCUGAUCAGGACGCUGUUGGCGGUGGCGCGGCGAGCGCUGCAGCUGCGAGCGGCGUGCUGGGAGCGGCUGCUGGCGCUGCUGGGGGACAUCGCCGAGGCACGGUGGCCAGAUGCCGAGCUGGUGCUGCUGGCCCUGCAGCGCGAGGUGCGGCCUGGGGAUGGGCGCGCGGGCGCGGCGCGCGCCCUGUCGGACCUGCUGAGACUGACGGCCUCUCACGUCGACUGGGUGGCCGCCAGCGACGUGGCCGCGCGGCGCAGUGCCGUCUGGGCGCUGCGCUGGGCGGGGGCCCUGCAGGAGGCUGGCAGCGGCUGCGGCGGCCCGGCCGAGGCGUGCGGCCAGGCGCUGGAGCUGUUCGCCGGCCUGUGGGCCAAGGCGUCGGAGCCGGUGCUGCGGGGGGGCCCGGCCCUGCUGUGGUCGCUGCUGCCGCACAUCCCCACCGCGGGCGGUGCGCCCGCAGAGGCGUGGCGCCGCGCAGUGGGCCGCUGCCGCGGCGCCCCUGGGCCUGGCGAGGAGGCGCCGUGGCGCGAGUGCCUGGACCACCUGCUGCCCAGCGACGAGCGGGAGCAGCUGGACUUCUUGCUCCGCGCGGAGCCGCGCCACUCCGAGGCGUCGUGGCCUGCUGGCCACCCAGGGGUGCGACGCACAUCGCGAAGAACCGCGGCGCUGCCGGAAGCGACGACGCGCGGCCGUCGGACCUCGUCUCCCUGCGGCGCCCCUCGGCCCUCGAGCCGGAUCGAUCCUCGAGGAGCCUGCCAGGGGCCCGAAGCUGGGCAGGGGCGCCCCUCGAGGUCGGCGCCGCGGCGCCCAGGCCCGAGGUGCCUCGAGUGGCCAGCUGGCCGCGGCCCCAGCGCAGCGUCGGCUGGUUCGUGGGCAGGCACCUGGGCGGUGACGCCGGCGGGGCGGACUACCACCUGGGCGAGGUGGCGCUGUGGUCGCUGCUGGCGGCGAGGGCGCUGGGCCAGCCGAGGCCAGACCUGUGGCCGCGUCUCUGGGCGGUGCCUGCCCGGCUGUCCCCCGCGGGGACCACCGGCGGCGUGUCUCGAGGACUUCGACACCUCGCCUUCGCGUUCGCCGAGUGGCUCGCCGCUGAAGGCGACGUCCCCGCCGUCCUUCCUGCGUCCUCUCGA